AGGUUAUUAAUGUAUUGCUUGCUGACUGUGCUGGGACUGUGCGUCGUGACUGUCCGUACAAAUGGCUUCGCAGCAGCAGAUGAAGCACGCGCUGCAGCAGUGCAUUGAUGCACAGAAAGACGAGCUGCACAGUUUAAGUCGGGACAUUUGGAGCAACCCCGAGCUCAGCGGAAACGAGACACAGGCGCACGACAGGCUGGUCCGCUUCUUCUCUCGGGACAAAACAUGGACGGUCGACAGUCACUACAAACUACCCACCGCAUUCCGGGCCGUCUGGGAUCUGGUCGGUGGCCGCGAGGGAGCACUGAACGUGGGCUUCCUCUGCGAGUACGACGCGCUUCCGGGUAUCGGACACGCUUGCGGGCACAACCUGAUAGCGGAGGUGGGAGCUGCAGCCGCUCUGGGGCUGAAAGCUGCUUUAGAGAACCAGAGUGAACUCCUUCAACCAGUUAAGAUAACAGUAUUGGGAACUCCUGCGGAGGAGGCUAUAGGAGGAAAGAUUGACUUGAUCAAGGCAGGUGCGUUCGCUGACAUGGACCUGGUCUUCAUGGCUCACCCCGCUCAGCAAGAUGCUCCAUUCCUGCCCGGUGUCGCUCUCGAUGAGGUGAUAGUGAAGUACUAUGGGAAAGCGUCUCAUGCUUCUGCGUACCCUUGGGAGGGAGUGAACGCCCUGGAUGCUGCUGUGCUGGCCUACAGCAACCUCUCUGCACUCAGACAGCAACUCAAACCAGAGUGGAGGCUUCACGGCAUCAUCAAACAUGGAGGGGAGAAGCCCAACAUUAUCCCUGCCUACACCGAGUUGGAGUAUUAUCUGCGCACGCCGCUGGUGAAGGAUCUUUUUGACCUGAAGGCCAAGGCUGAGGCUUGCUUCAGGGCAGCUGCUGUUGCCACCGGCUGCCAAGUGGAGAUAAUCUACCCAUACGAUUCCUACUAUAACAUUCUGCCUAUUGCCACGCUAGCAAACCUGUAUACAAAUAACGGAGAAGCUUUGGGGAUUCAGUUUCCAGAGCAGCCAAACAAUUUUUCUGGUUCUACAGACUUUGGCAACGUAUCAUACGUAGUCCCCGGUAUCCAUCCUUUCUUCUACAUCUGCACUGAUGCGCUAAACCACACUGAGGAGUACGCUGUGGCAGCAGGAGCUGAAAAGGCCCAGUUGUACACCCUGAGGACUGCCAAAGCCCUGGCUAUGACAGCUGUGGAUGUAGUAUGCUCCCCCGAUCUGCUGCGGAAAGUGAGAGAGGACUUCAGCCAAGCCAAACUGAAACAGGGGAAACACCUGGGAGGCACGGAUACAUCUUUGACAGCUCCAUAAAUACAAUAAUAUGAAUAACAGUUAUAGAAAAUAGUUGUUCAGGGUUGUGUUGGGCUUUUAAGUCUAGGUCUACCUAUGUUGUAAACAUAUUAUCUUUUCGAUUUACACACGGCAUCUAUUGCACGUCUGUCCGUCCUGGGAGAGGGAUCCCUCCUCUGUUGCUCUCCCUGAGGUUUCUCCUUGUACGAUGUGAGGGUCAAAGGACAGAGGGUGUCGUAUUGUCAUACUGAUAUUUUGUACAAACUGUGAAGUCCACUGAGACAAAUAUAACAUUUGUGAUAUUGGGCUAUAUAAAUAAACAUUGAUUGAUUGAGUAGAUUCCUAUACAUAGUAUGGUUACUUUUGAAGGAAAGAGCUUAAAGAAAUAUAUGAAUAAUACUAAUAAUAAUUGUAUUAAGGACACCACAAAGAGAAGGUGUGGCAUAAAUACAAUUAAAUAAUAUAGAAGAAAUACAUUCAAAUAGAGUACUGAAAACUAGUAAUACUUAGCAAUACAUAAGCAGAUUCCAAAAUAAAAAUUAGGAAACUGCACCCACAUGAAAAAUGCUUGCAAACUACAACUGAAAUACCACCUUUUAUUAGGUUUAUUCCGACUAGAUCUGAUGCUUGUCGAGGUUCGAAACCAGCAUGGGUACCUUUUCUUUCAGGGCCAGGACCUGGAAAAAGUGACCUUUUGAAAUCUAAAAAAUAUUAUAAAGAUAAUAAUUUGCCAUCCGUCUAAUUGUUUUUGCAUUUAGCGCUAAUUAACAAAUGUUAUUAUGCUAAACCUAAACUAAGAUGUGUUGAGGUUUAGCUCCAAGCACUCUGUGCCAAAACCAAAACAGAUUGCUAUCAGGGCUGCCGACUUAGUUCUGUGGACUCUCUACUAUCUAUACAUCCAGAACCACAAUUCAGAUAAGCCUAAAACGUCACAAUCUUUUGUACUGGUGAUUUGAUACACUGUUCAUAAUUGUACGAACAGUUUUUGUAGAGAAUGUAAGAAUGAACGUAUCUCAUACAUGAACUCAACAGAAAGGAUAUUGCUUUGAGUUCUGCCAUUGGUCUUUUUACUCCUUCAGAUUUCUCAGCAUGUUUUCACCAGCAGCACACAGGUCGAUUCAAACGUUUGCUUCCCUUGAGCGCCUUGGAGUGGUCACAGAUGUGGUGGAAAAUCCAGUUCUGGACAUCUUUUUGGAUGCUUUAUUCUUUUCAUUUCUUUCUGCUGCAGGGAUUCAGUUUGAAUUGUCAGCUUGCCCUUGGUGAUGUUACUUGAACAAAAAAGACAAGUACAAAAAAGAAAGAAAACCUAUACUCUUUUGUCUGUAAGAAAUCAGAAAAUGGGCUUAAUGUAUUAAAGCCAAGUUUCAUUGAUACUUCUCUACUUCAGAGGAUAUAUAUUUAUAUUCUGUAAUACCAUUAACUGCUCACAUGUGAAAUAAGGGAUUUAUAGAUAUAUAUGAUUUGGUAUGAAGCUAAUCAGCAAUAUCAGACCUGUGCUGUAGAGAGAGGAGAGGCAAAGUCUAAUCACUGAAAGCUUGUCCUGCAGCGCUGUUUAAAUAUACUGUAAAGGAGAACAGGAUAAUUGGAUUAAAUUGUGAGACUCUAGAGGUUGUACCAGAAAAAUGUAGCCAAAAGCUUUAACUGUUUUGAGCAGAUUUUAAUUGAUGUCUUCAGAAGCAACAUUCAGAAAGAAGCGAUAUUCAGCCAUGCAGCAACAUCCAUUUACAUCUGUACAUGUAUUACACUGAGGAGAUUUAAAAUGUACAGUAUUGUGAUUGUGUUCUUCAGCACCUGUAAGCUCAUUAUCAAACAUGUUUCCCAUUGAUACAUUUUUUACCAGCGUUUGCUAUAAUAUCAGAUUUUCUUGUCAUAAAAUUGUCAUUAACCACCAAAACAUAAUUGAGUUUAUAGCUGAAAAAGACGAUAACACUAGCAACUAACAGGUCACUGUAACCUCAAAGCCUCACAACAUCAAACAGAGGAGAUGAGCUUCAGUUGUAUAAAAUAUUGAAAUAUGAAAUUAGUACAUUUAUCAAGUCAAUACCAUAAUUCAUGUUUGGGAUUUACUUAACAUAAAUAUUAACAUUUGUGUUUUUAUUGACUGCAUUUGUUGCUCUUUUUCUUUAUAUUGAACUAUGUCGAAUUACAAAAAUGCACGACAGUAAGUAACUUGACAGCAAAAUAAUUGCAAGAUCACCAGAACAUUUAACACAUUCUGAAUCAAACUAACGUGCUGCAAAGGAAACACUUUAAAAUAAUCACAUUAUCAGGUUUUUAGAAGAAAAUUCUUUUUUUUUCUCAUCCAAGAGCUGAGAUUUUUACGACGAAGAAUGAUAUCUAGAAUAUAA